AUGAGUUUUUCUUUUUUUUUUUUUUUUCUUUUUCCCUUUUUUUUUUUUUUUUUGGAAAGAUACGUUAAUGGUACACUCAGAUCGGAGGCUGUCUGUACCAAAUGUAUUCCAGGAACGAUACCUUCUCAUUCGUUAAAUCAAUGUCUACCUUGUAAAAGAUUUUUCGCUACUGGACAACCUAAAUGCGAGUGUGACAAAGGACAGAUAAAUGUUGAAGGAUAUUGCGUUUCGAAUGUUCUCGAAAAUUCAUCCGGAGAAAAAAAUAUAUACGGAAUCACAUACGAAAAUGGAAUUAAAGUCGAGUCGAAAUUUUUUAAGGAUAAUCUUAUUCGUGACGUCACUCUAUGCAAAAUGGGUAAUCAAACUGCUUGUCAAUCGGUAGCUAAUAUGUGUGUCAUGUUAUUGUAUAAAGAAGAAGAAGAAGAAGAAGUGAAAUCGGGUCCAUGUACGAUAUUUACAGAAAAGAAUAGGAUUUCGGAAAGGAAAAUUAUUCCCUGGAUAUAUUACAGCGAAGGAGAAGCAUCGACCAUAUUAUCCAGGAAAAAAAUAUCAACCCAAUUCAAUCUUUAUCCCGAAUCAGUCAUGAAUCAUCUUAACUUGACUGGAAUUAUUUAUUAUCCAGACGGAAGGUUAAAAGGAGUUGGAAAAAUAUUCGAACAUACUUUGCAACUUUGUCCGAGUCUCUGGAAACUUAAAUCGAGUUUUCGAUUUGCUUCGAAAUAUUCUAAAACAUGCGAAAUUCCAGUCGAACAACUCUUAUCGAAAGAAACGGAAUUUAUCGACGUCUUCCUAUCUUACAAAGAAGAAGAUGAAGAACUACUUUACGCCAUUCCAAUUUUAAUAUUAAAUAUUAAAAAUGAGGGAACGAUUUCCAACAGGGUGAGCGAUCAAAUGCAAUGGCAACUGGUGAGAAGAUUUUUUCUUGUAGAUAAAAUCAGUGGAGUCGAACAGGUAGAGGGUCAAAAUCAAAGUCUCAUACCUAAAGUGACCCGUUAUGCCAAAUCGAUCACGUUGAAAGUUAGACUCGUAGGAAACGACAACAGUGGAAAAAUAUACGUACCUUAUUUGGAAAUCGAAUAUGGAGAAUUUACUGGAGAAGAAGUAACGCGGGGAAAUUCGGUCAAACAUUUUUUCAAAAUUGAUUACGAAAUAGAAAAUAGUUUUUCUCAUACCUUAGAGGUAUACAUGGGCGUAUUCAGCGGUUUAGCCGUUGUCUGGUCAGGAAUUCAAACAUGGAGUCACACAAAACGUUCUGGAAGAGUCGCUAUUGAUUUUCUAACAGUUUUAAACCUUUUGAUAUUCACGUGUGGAAAUUUGGCCAACGUUUUUUUUUUUAUUAUUUUUUGUGCUUGUUUGAAUUUUUUCGUGUUUUUCAAAGGUCAAAGUGUCAUUCACGUUCUCUUACCGCGAGAAAAUCAGGAAACGGAUAUGAAAUUAUACAUAAUAUUUGCUUUUGUACUAAAGGUUGUCGAAAUCGGUCGAUUACUAUACAAUCAAAUCUCGAUUGACGUAUUUUUUAUCGAUUGGGAAAGACCGAGAGCGAGAAAUGUCGUGCCAAGGGUCGGAGGUCAAACGGAAACGGAUGAAGAACAACCGAUAAGCAUAUGGAGAACGUAUUUUGUUGCUAACGAAUGGAACGAAAUACAAACGAAAAGAAAAAUAAACGUUUACAUACAUUUAAUAAUAACCAUUUUUAUUUUAAAGAUAAUUCAAUUGGAAAAUUGGUCAUCAUCAAGUCCAGAACUUUACAUUAUAAAAUCUUCUUCACUCCACGAUAAUAACGAUUUUAGUUUUACCUGUUUUUUUGCUGUUGGAAAUUUAGUUUUUUUAUUUAUUUACAUUUUACAGAGACUUUACGUUGGGUUUUUUCACGAGCGUUACAUAAAAGAUGGAAUACAACAAUUUGUUGACGUUUGUUCCAUGGCAAACAUAAGCGUUUUUAUAUUAGCACUGGAAAAUUAUGGAUUUUACAUACACGGAAGGUCGGCACAUGGAUUUGCAGACACGAACAUGGAAAAUAUUUUAUGUCAGUUGGAAAGAGAAGAAGAAAAUUUGGUUGGAUACAGAGGACUUUUACCAGGUUCAGAACAGCAAACAUUCGAAAUGACGGUACCGACACAAUUGAGAGCUUAUUAUAGAAAAGCUUUGGCGCCAUUAAAAAAUAUGUCGAAAGCUGUCAAAAGAUUACCGGCGAGUAAUUCGACAGAAAGAUCAAAAAUAAAAAAUGAAACCGUUGAUAGAAGCGUGGAAGCAUAUAAAAACAUGAAUAGAUUUUUAUCUGCUUAUUUAGAACACGCAUUAAAAGAUCUCGAUUACGAAGUUAGAGAAAAAUUAUUUACCGAAUAUUUACUAGGGAUAGAAUUUGGCGAUUCUGGAGAAAAAGGAAUUUUCUAUUCGGAUAACGGUCAUUCAUUCGAUUCAAUUUUAUUUUACGGAAAUGAAUUUUCUUUAUUAACAUUCGACGUAAUUUUAUUUUCAUUUAUUCUCGUUUUAUUCCAAGAUUAUUUAACGGCGAGUAUCGUAACGGGUUUUUUUAGUCAUUUAUUAGUCGUUGUACGUGAUUUAGGCGGUAGAAAAAAUUUAGCAAAAAAAACAUUAAUAGACGAAAGAUUUUUAAUUUAA